UAAGCCCAUAUCACUUCGUUUCCCAUUUUUUCAGAAAGAAAAAUCCAAUUUAACCCCCAAUUUCACACAGCUUUGCUUCAAUGGCGACAUUGACGAAACCAGAAGUAGGCAUUUCUUCAGCUUCCAUUGAGGACAUCGAUGAUGCUGUGUUGGUCGAAAUCCUCUGCAGGGGAACCCCCAAUUGCAAAAUGGCGUUUCGGUGCAAAUUGGUCUCCAAGCGGUGGCGUUACUUGAUCUCCAGUCCCAUCUUUCUCAAAUGCUGGAAGGAAUUGCACAGAACUCUUCAUCCCGGCGAGCCAUUGCCCUAUUCCAUGGUCAUCAACGUUCGGAUCCGACUAGGUGAGGACAAAUACAUGACGAACUAUGUGGCUUCCCAGCACCCAAUGUUCCAGUUUCCCAGAUUCAGGUUCGAUUAUCUUCCUUGUUCGAGACCUAGAAAGGCUGCCAGCGUCCGAAUAGCAGCAUCGUGCAAAGAUCUGUUCUUGUGCCAAGCUAUUAGAGACAAGAUGGAAUUGGAGGAUAGGAUUUAUUACAUAUGCAAUCCGCUGACCAGGCAAUGGAUCUCCCUUCCGCCCUUCCCAACUAAAUUCAAAUUCAUGAAAGGUGUAGCCACUGGUCUGGUGGUCUCUGGUGAUGGGAUGAGUUACAGAGUGGUUUGGAUUCAUCAUGAUUUGGAAUCUUAUACUGCUGUUUCCUUCGUAGCCGAGGUCUUUUCCUCGGAAACAAACAAAUGGGAGGAGGUAGAGGUACGCCAUCCCAACAGUUCCCCUUUGGGUUUUUAUUUUAAAAAUAAGAGUUACGCAACGAAUAAUCUGUUGUGCUGGAAUGGCUUACUGUUGUUUGAGAAUUGGAUUGAUGAUAGCAUUGUGGCUUACAAUCCCUUUGAGCCAGCUAGAUGCCGCGUGAUUGAGCAGCCACCUAGAUAUAGACUGGGCCAAUACUGUAGGUCUUUCUUGAGUUUUGGGGAGUGCAAUGGGAGUUUCCGAGUAGUCCAGCACUAUGACCACCCUGGUGGUAGGCAUGGGGUUUUCAUGACUUGGGAAUUAGAGGACUAUGGGACAGAAGAGUGGAGGUUUGUGAACCAGCUCGUUUUCCGGGAUUUCAUCACGGACGACGCCACUCUGCGACUCCAGUGCGAAAUGAACAGUGAUGACGAGAGUGACUUUGAUGACUACGCCGUGUUGGGUUACAUCGAGGUACAGCGAAUCAGACUUUUGACCAUGGAUCCAAAUGAGGAGGAUGUGAUAUAUUUUUAUCACAGCGCGGAAAAAGUAGGGGACAGGCGGAUCUUCGCGUGCAAUUUGGAGACUAAGGAAGUGAGAGUGUUUGACAAAAAUAUCAUUGAGAGAUGCGUCGAAAUUCAAUACAGGUUGCGUAAUGUCUUUCAGUUUGUAGUGCCGGAGUGGCCUACACCAAUUCCCGGUGCACCCACACAAUGCACGUAGCUUCUGAGUUCUGCAUUGAUAUAAUGCGGGAAAUGAAUAAAUAUAAUAGGUUGGAAUCAAGACCAACUAAAAUCCAGUAUCCUAUUAACCUUGUUUUAAACAUCUGCUGCAAUUUCAAAACUCCUCUACACACUUGUGACCAAUGGCACACAAACCUGAUCGCAGGCAGUAAAUUACGCGGAGGUAGUGAUGUGAUGAUUAAUUGAUUUACUCUGUAUAUUAGAUACGAUGGCUGCACCGGCACAGCACGUUAAAUGCUCUUAUUUCUCUGUGCUCAUUAUUUAUAUGCUCUCGAUCAUACAAUUGCUUGACAAUGAGCAAAUACAACAAGUUUUGCUGUUGCUGAAGAUGAUUUGCAUUAAUCUUUUAGGCAUAUUUAAAACAAUCACUAAUUGAUAGAAAUGUUGAGAUUUACAAGUUUUGCUGUUGUUGAAGGUGAUUUCUGUAAAUCUUUUAGGCAUAUUUUAAAUAAUCACUAAUGGAUAGAGAUGUUGAGAUUUUAAAUGCGUAACACUCUAAAACUACCAAAAACAUGAAAAAUAAAUAGAUUAGAUACGGAUAGGUGUGGCAUAUGUCGAGUAUACAAUGCAAGAAGCUUGGUUAGAAAGUUUGGGCAUGUGAGCUGCCAGAGUGUUAAGGCGUAUAGAUGUCAAAU